AUGACCGGAUCACUGAGCCCUCGGCUCGAGAAGCUCGACCCUGACUACUUCACAAAUUAUGUUAGCAGUCCAUCAAGAUGCCUCAAGGUUGUGAGAGGACUUGCGUUCACAGGAUGUGCUCUAUUCUGUGUUCUUCUAUACACAAGUGUGGCAACUCAUUCGGACUGGAAUCGGGUUCCGUCAAGUCUGACCACUAACACAACAACCGAGACGACAAUUACCAACGUCACAGUCACCAACAGCACAACACCAACGAUAGUGAUUGAGACUUCAUCAGAAUCGAGAGAAGAGGAGGGAGAAUCACUACGGACGCAAGAGAAGCCGCAGUAUUACACCAUCCACAGCAAUGAACCGUACGACAUCGAUGAAGCUCUCCGCACGGUACUAAACCUGUGUCCGGAUGAGAUUUACUACAACGCCCUGACUAAGCCUAUCACGUCGGGUGGCGAGACCAAGCUCCAGGAGACAGGCGUCCGAGUCCGCAUGUUCAAGAAAUACUUUGAUGCAUGGGAAACGUUGCAUGUGGUAACAGACAGUCUCUCCGACACGGCCUUCGUACGAGACGACAUUCUGCGCCAUAUCAGAGAUUCGAAAGAUAUCUCUCCAUUUACCUCCGGAUCACGAGUCGAGGCUAUGCGACAAUACGAGACCUACCGCUCAUUCUUGUCGAACAUGUCAUCGACACUUUUUCCCUGGACCAACCCUUACUUCUCCGACCACAUGACACUCCACGGACAUAUGUACAACGCUGGACGCGGCAUUGUCAUCUCUGGCAGCGACUCCCAAGCUCCGUACAUCAAGACCGCGAUCGCUUCAUUCCGCGCCAUGGGCUGUACCUUGCCAGUCGAGAUCAUGUACCUUGGUGAAUCUGACUUGAGCGAGGACGCACGCACGGAGCUUGAAGCCAUUCCGGAUGUCAUCACCCGCGACAUCAAGAAGAUGGUCAACGAUCAAGGCUGGGAACUCGAAGGCUGGGCCGGUAAAGCUUUCGCUGCUUUUUUGAGCUCCUUCCGUGAGGUGAUCCUUCUUGAUGCCGACGUUUUGUUCUUUAAUGAUCCGGCAUUGAUGUUCGAAGAGCCUGGCUAUAUCGACACUGGUGCCCUGUUCUUCACCGAUCGUACAGUCUUCGCUCAGGACAAGCGGAGCUUCUUGCGCAAGAUCAUGCCCAAGCCUGUCUCCAAGAAGAUCAAGGCGAGCAGGUGGUGGUCAGGCGAGACCGGUGAGAACCAGGAAUCUGGCGUUGUUGUAGUCGACAAGUGGAGACACUUCUUGAGUAUCUUUUUGACCGCCAGAUUGAAUGGGCCCGAUCGACGCGACACCGAUGCUGGUCAAGGGACCUAUAGCUUUUGGUGGGGUGACAAGGAGACUUGGUGGAUUGGGUUCGAGCUCGCUGGUGACACAGACUACCACUUCCACCAAGGCGGCACUGGCAACAUGGGCACAGUCAGCAAUAUCGAACCGAUGGAGAAGCCAGGUGAUAAGAAGGAAGACAACAAGGAAGAGAACAACGACGACCAAGAAAACAGACCUUCAAAGGAAGAGGCGGUCGAUAAGGACCCGCACAACUCUGACAGCGAUGAGUUCGAGCAGACCUUGACAAAGCUGCAAAACGAACAGUCUGACCACAGCGAAGAGCCUGCACGUACGAAUCUGACUGGUCCCGGUAUGCUCGAUUUGCCUGGUCAAAACAUCAUCCUUUGUUCUCCACAGCUCUUGCAUCUUUCCCGCGAUGGCAGACCUCUGUGGUUCAAUGGCUGGAUCCAGAACAACAAACACGAUGCCAGCUCCGAUAUCUCGACGUUCGAAUUCUUCAUGAGAGAGAAGAGAAAGGACAACGAAUGGGCUGAGUGGGCCAUCGGUGCGGACAACAUGUGCUGUCUGAAGGGCGAUGAUUUGCAUGCAAUGAACGCUGAGGAGUUGAAGGCUUUGGAUAUGAUUGUAGAAAUCGCGAAGGAGAACGGGUCGUUGAAGGAAGUCCUCGCCAAAGAGAGGAAAGCAAACAAGAAUAUUGCGGACUAA